AUGUCGGCUCCCUCUCCUCUUGGAAGAAACCACCCUCUCAGUACUGGCGUGAUCUGUCAUCAUCCGGGGGCAUUGCCUCGUCUAGAGUUGGAUUGCUGUCAUGAUGAGCAUGAUCAGGGCCAUGAUGAAGGCGAUUGGGUCGAAGUUAAGUGGAAUUGGAGACAUGCGCGUUUUGGCUGUGGGAUUGCUUCAUUUUUGUACAUGGAUUCUAUGGAGAAAGGUAGGUAUGGAUGGCAUUGUUGGGGAAUAGGAGAGUCUGGAGAGUCAGGGAGAGUUGGUGAGUUGGUGAGUGAGUAUGGAAAUGUGGGCGGAGGUAGGAGGGAGAUCGAUGCGGCUGAGGCUGUAAACGAGCACU